AUGUCAGCCGAUUCUGUGGACCAGGUCUUUGAAAAGGCUAUAGGCACAAUUCAUACCCUUUCUUCUCUCCAGGGAUACAACUCUUUGCCCAGACCUCCUGCAUUUAUACGGACCGAACUGUACGCUUUAUUCAAGCAAUCGACGGAAGGUGAUGUUGAAAAUGUGCUGCCGAGACCAGAGGGCGAUUUGAGCUCUCAAGAGCUCGUUGUGGCUAGAAAAAAAUGGGAUGCUUGGAAAACGAAAUCGGGCAUGAGUGGUACUGAAGCCAAAAAAAAGUAUAUCCAGAUGCUUAUCUCGACGAUGAGAUCGUACGCAAUGGGCACGUUAGCAGCUCGGGAAUUACUAGCAGACUUAGAGUUUCUCUGGUCGCAGGUGGCGGAUCAGAAGGGCAUGGAAGCGGACGAAAACAGUGGUAUGAUGCUUGAGCUGCAGGACGAUUUGCAAGACACCAAAUCUCUCCGGUUGCGUCGUGAAAUUUACGAAACUCUUUUUGCGCUCAACGAAAAUAGAUCCGGGCUUCCAUACUUCCGCGGUACUGAUCAUCCCAACAAAAAGAAGCCAGAAACCGAGCUGGGUUCCAGAUUGUCAAGGCUACGAAGAAUCUUGCGAUACAUGGCCGGUCUAUUGGUUCGUCAGCUUUGGGGGCUAGCCAAGAAGCUGCUCAUCAAUGGUGUACUAACGGCGGCUUUACUUUUGGCUGCAAAACAACUGGGUUUAUUCUCGCCCGUUCGCUUGGACCUGACGUUCAAUUCGGAUCGCAAGCCGCAACCUGUUGAGGGUCUUUAUUCAAAAUCACUGGCAUUGUGUCGCGAUGGAGCGGGUUGGAUCUUCAAUUAUAUCAAUCGCUUCAUGGGGUUUGGAAUUCAUCAAAUUCACAUUAGUGUGACAUGA